AUGAAUCUAGAAGGUGCGUUGGUGGCAGACCUUGUAGACGAUGCCACCGUUGUCGUGGUAGAGGAUGGAGAGCUUCUCAAGAUCGGAGGAGAGGAAGGAGGAAGUCGUGGUGGCGGGGCAGAGAGAGGGGAUUGGGAAAAAAGGGCGGCAGUCGGCGUCAUUUCAGGGAACCGGAGGUUGAGCUGGUGUUGUUGGUAUAUGACUAUUUGCAAUGCUGCCCAAUUGCUCAAUUGA